UACAAAUAGUAUAACAAUAACAAUUAUAUUGGCAAUAAUAACAAUAUUUACAAUUGUUGGAAAUUUAAUGGUCAUUUAUGCAAUAUUCAAUUAUCGUCCAUUACAUAAUGUACAAAAUAUGUUUAUGGUAUCAUUAGCUGUUGCCGAUAUUGCCGUCGCUGUACUAGUAAUGCCAUUUAAUCUUGCUUAUAGUCUAUUAGAUCGAUGGAUUUUUGGUUUACAUUUAUGUGAAAUGUGGUUAACAAGCGAUGUUUUAUGUUGUACAGCAUCGAUACUCAAUUUGUGUGCCAUUGCUCUGGAUCGUUAUCAGGCAAUACAUGAUCCAAUAAAUUAUGCACAGAAACGUACAAUGCGUCGUGUUUGUACAUCUAUUUGUAUUGUAUGGAUAUUAUCGGCAAUAAUAUCGAUACCACCAUUAAUCGGAUGGAAUGAUUGGCCAGAAGAAUUUAAUGAAGAAACACCAUGUAAAUUAUCGGAAGAAAAAAGUUAUGUGAUCUAUUCAUCAAUGGGUUCAUUCUACAUUCCAUUAUUUAUAAUGACUGUUGUUUAUUUUAAAAUAUUUCAAGCUACACGACGACGAUUAAAAGAUCGUGCUAAAGCAAGUGCCAUUGCAAAUCUAGGCAAUUCUAGUUCACAGCCAUUAGCACCAGCAACAAAAUCGAAUAACACUAAUAAUAAUACAACAAAAAUUGUUUCAUCAUAUGAAGAUAGUUCAAGCUCAACAUCACCAAAAUCAUCUUAUAUGAAAACAAGACGUUAUCUACGUUGUUGUUUUGAACAUCAUCGAAAUGAUCAUCAUCGAUCCAAUAAUGAU